UAAAGUUUUGGAUACAAAAUCAACAUCGUCACUGUCAUGGCGGCGCCCGUGAUGGACAGUUGGAGCUGGUUUCCAGCGUUAGCACUGGGAGUUUCUUUCCUGAAAUGUCUGUUUAUCAGCGCCUAUCAUUCCACAGACUUCGAGGUGCACAGGAACUGGUUGGCCAUCACGCACAGCCUGCCCGUGUCCAGGUGGUACCACGAGAACACCUCAGAGUGGACUCUGGACUACCCGCCGCUGUUCGCCGUGUUCGAGUUCGGUCUGUCCCACGUGGCUCGACACUUUGACAGAAACAUGCUGCAGGUGGAGAAUCUGAACUAUGCCAGCCCGCCCACCGUCCUCUUCCAGAGACUGUCGGUCAUUUUUACUGACCUGGUUUUUAUCUACGCUGCCAAAGAGUGCUGCAGGUGUGUUCAGGAGCAGAAAGGUUCUCGGGAUGUUUUGAAUCGACCCUCCUUCGUCCUCGCCGUUCUUCUUCUCUGGAACUUCGGCCUCCUCAUCGUCGACCAUCUUCACUUCCAGUAUAACGGCUUCCUGUUUGGCAUCCUGCUGCUGUCGGUGUCUAAACACCUGCAGGUACGAGCUCACCUGUAUCUGAUCGUGUCGUAUUUAAACACUUCAUCAAACUUCAAAGGCUUUCUAAAUGUGUCAGUUAUUUGUGUGUUUCAGUCUCAGCACCUGCAGGGGGCGCUGCUGUUUUCCAUCCUGCUCAACCUGAAGCACAUCUACCUGUACGUGGCUCCGGCGUACGGCGUCUACCUGCUGAGGAGCUUCUGCUUCAGUCAGGACAACAAAGACGGCUCGAUCAGGUGGAGGAGUUUCAGUCCGCUGCGUCUGCUGGCUCUGGGCGCCAUUGUGGUCUCUGUAUGCGCUCUGUCUUUUGGCCCCUUCAUCGCCAUGGGUCAGCUCCCUCAAGUCCUGUCCCGUCUCUUCCCCUUUAAGAGGGGCCUCUGUCACGCCUACUGGGCCCCCAACAUCUGGGCCCUCUACAACAUCCUGGACAAGAUCCUGGCGAUGCUCGGUGUUCGUCUGAAGCUGCUGCAGGAGGCGGAGCUUCCUCGAGCCUCCAUGACGGGCGGCUUGGUUCAAGAGUUUCAGCACUCGGUCCUCCCCUCCAUCUCGCCGUCCAUCACACUCGUCUGCACUCUGCUGUCCGUCCUGCCGGCUGCGGCGUCCAUCUGGCGGCGUCCCCGUGGUGCUCGGGGUUUCCUGCGCUGCCUGCUGCUCUGCGCUCUCGGCUCCUUCAUGUUCGGCUGGCACGUCCACGAGAAGGCCAUCCUCCUCGCCAUCCUGCCACUCAGCAUCCUGGCGGUGGAGAGCAGAGAGGAUGCUGGGAUCUUCUUGAUCCUGAGCACCACGGGUCAUUACUCCCUGUUCCCGCUGAUCUUCACCCCCGCAGAGUUGCCCAUCAAAGUUGCGUUGAUGCUGAUGUUUGUGAUCUUCUCUUUCAUCGCCCUGACGAAGCUUCACAGCAACAGCGGAGUGGCCUCUCUCCUUCAUCCUCUGGAGUCCGUCUACCUGCUGGGACUGAUCCCAGUCGCCAUCGCAUGUGAGGUUAUCUUCCCUCUGUCGCCGUGGCAACAGAAGCUGCCCUUCCUACCCCUGCUGGUGACCUCGGUGUACUGCUCGAUGGGUGUGUGUUACUCCUUCCUGCGUUUGUACAUCAGCCUGCUGAGGGAGGAGGAGAGACCCAAACAGGCGUGAGCCGCUGUCCCGUACUGAACCUGAGAGGUCAGAUCCCCAGACUCACCUGCAGCUCACCUGUCCUCCUGCACACACACCAGACCUCAGACAGUGACUGCACACUGUGCGGACCAAUCAGGACAAAGGGACCACCGUGUUUACAAAAACUGUCCAACAACUGUGUCGUUGUUUACCGGCUGGAUUUUCAGUUUCUUCUUCUUUGUGUCAACCAACACAGACCUGUGACAUCACUUCCUGCCGUCAGAGAAGGCGUGGGAUCUCUGGGAACAGAUUAGUUUUGCACUACGCCGGUUAAAAAAACACAGAAAAUGUGAGUUACGAAGAGAAGGGGGGGGGGGCUGAACCUGAACCAUGAUGUGGAACUUUAAAUCCUGAAUUUAUCCUCAGUCGUGUACAGAUUUAAAGUUUAAAGACUGCAGAGACGUGGAAGGGAAAUUCUGUUUCUUUUUUUAAAAAUCUGGACCCAUUUUUUUUACAUUCCAUAAAAAUGACUGCAAAGUUUCUGAAUGUCUCCAGAAGGUUUGUUGAUCCUGCAGCGGGGUUUGGAUUCAUUUCUACAUUUAAAAUUCUGGUACAGCUUUAAAUGUGUCGCCCCACCCUCAAAGUUUGUUGUGAUGAUGUCACAGUCUGAAGCGUUUCAUAAGAUGGGUUAAAAAAUGUCUUUUAAAUCAAAUUAAACUGCAAACAGCC